AUGGCGCUGCUCGAAUCCCGAACGUCCAGCAUGAAGCACACAUCACCCUUCAGCAAUCGCCGGAGGAAGGGCAAGUACUCUGCCUUCGUCCUGGUCGUCUCGGUGGUCCUCUUCUGCACCUUCGCGUACGACGGGGACGUCCAGUCGAUCGCUGAGUAUGAUUUUGGCAGCGGAGCUAAUCCUUCGGGCAUCGCUCACCAAGAAUUCGCCGUAGCUGAGGCAAGCAGAAAGGAAGACCAUGAAGCCAAGAGGAGGACGGAGACCUCAGAGGGUGACAUGGUCCAAGAGCAGCCGACAGCGCCGGGAAUUGCCAAGGAAGACGUCGUGCGAGUGAUGGAGUCACCGGUGGCUACAGGAGCUGUGCAUGAAGAGGCCGCCAAGGAGGCCGAGCGGCAGCCACGAGUAGUCCUCGACGUGCCGGAGAGUUGCGACCUGUUCACCGGCCGAUGGGUCUACGACGACGUGAGCUACCCUAUCUACGAGGAGCAGGAGUGCCAGUUCUUGACGGAGCAAGUGACCUGCAUGAGGAACGGCCGGCGCGAGGACAGCUACCAGAAGUGGCGGUGGCAGCCCCAAGAUUGUUCUUUGCCCAGAUUCGAUGCGAGGGUGAUGCUGGAGAGGCUGCAAGGGAGGCGUCUCAUGUUCGUGGGCGACUCCCUGAACCGGAACCAGUGGGAGUCGAUGGUGUGCCUCGUCCAAUCCGCGGUGCCAUGGAACAAGAAGACCCUCACCAAGAACGGCUCGCUCAACGUAUUCCGGAUCGAGGAGUACAAUGCGACCGUGGAGUUCUACUGGGCACCGUUCCUGGUGGAGUCGAACUCCGACGACCCGAGGAUGCACAGCAUCCGUAACCGCAUCAUCGAUCCCAAGUCGAUCGCGAAGCACGGCAAGCACUGGAAGAACGUGGACUACCUCGUCUUCAACACCUACAUCUGGUGGAUGAACACCCCAACCAUGAAAGUCCUACGAGGAUCGACGGAGUACGAGGAGGUGGAGCGGGCAUCGGCUUACAGGCGAGUGUUGAACGCAUGGGCGAAGUGGGUGCAGAAGAACGUGGAUCCCAACCGCGCCAUGGUGUUCUUCAUGAGCAUGUCACCCAACCACAUCAGGAGCACGGACUGGGGCAACCCGGACGGGAUCAAGUGCGCGUUGGAGACUCAGCCGGUGGCGAACCUCUCCCGCCCGCUCGACGUCGGCACGGACUGGCGGCUGUUCGCGGUGGCGGAGAACGUGAUCGGGAGGAUGAAGAAGGUGCCGGUGUCGUUCGUGAAGAUCACGGCGCUGUCGGAGUACCGCAAGGAGGCGCACACCUCCGUGCACACGCUCCGGCAGGGGAAGCUGCUGACGGCGGAGCAGCAGGCCGACGCCGCCACCUACGCGGACUGCAUCCACUGGUGCUUGCCGGGCCUGCCGGACACCUGGAACGAGCUCCUCUACGCCCGGAUAACCUCCUCCCCGUGGCGCGACGACUGAGAGCCGACGGCAACCAUCGUUGACACAUAUUUCUUGGAAUUUUUCCUUCUUUUGUGGAGAUUCUUCUCUGUAACGUAAGUGUCAACUAGACUUUCUUGUGUCAAAGCAUGCUUUACACC